UGGCUGUAAGCCUUCUCAAAUCCUUCAGAAUCCCGUGUCCGUGUCCGAUCCCCCUUGAAAACCGGCCUUCAGACAACGGCCAACGGGAUUUCUGACAUUUAGUUCGCUUAAAUCCCCUCGGCUGGAACGCUCUUUUCGUUGGCCGUCGACGAAGCUGACACAAGGGUGUUUGCCUGCCUAGAAGCCUCUCAUCUUACCUUACGUUAGGGCCGGGACCCGGACCCCGGAGAAGUCGUGUUGAGCCGAACUCCUUCAUCGCAGCAUGGUUUACUAUGGCGCGCUGAGUAAGGGUUGUCAGCGCUGUCGUCAACGGAAAGUAAAGUGCGAUCAACACAGACCAGGAUGUCUCAAGUGCGAGAAAGGGCAGAAGCCUUGCCCCGGCUAUCGGAAUUUGACAGACCUUGUCUUUCGAGACGAGCGUCAGCGAAUCAAAAGGAAGCUUGGUGUCGAAGCUGGGAGUUUGUCAAAGCCGAGAAAGCUGCCAAUCAACAACGCGUUGUGUUUAGACAUUGAAGACAGGGCCGUCACCUUUUUCUUUACCCACUACACCACUACUGGACCGCCAUUUUGCGACUCGUACCAAUCAUGGCUUGCCGAGACGUAUCGUGAACAGUCUCCCACUAAUCUAGUCCGACACAGCAUCCAAGCAGUCGGCAUGGCUGCCAUCUCUAAUGUUUUCAACGCCCCUGAAGUAGUGUUGCGAGCCAAAGAGCGAUAUGGGCAGGCCUUGAGAGCUACUAAUAUGGCUCUGCAUGACCCUUCUCAGGCCACGGCAGAUACGACCCUUAUGGCAAUCCUUUUGCUUGGGCUAUUCGUUACAAUCAUGUUUGAAAGCUGGAAUGAUAGCAAUGCAUGGACGGCACAUAUCGAGGGCGCAACAGCCCUGUUACACCUUCGCGGCAAAGACCAAUUCACUAGAGAGCUUGGAAUACAGCUUUACAUACAACUCAGACAGCAAAUCCUCCAAGCUUGCAUGCAUCGAGGUGUACCCGUACCCCCAGCUUUAAUUGAGAUCACCAUGCAAUUCGAGGCCAGCCGACAAGGAACAGAGUACAACAGUCUACGUCCCGGAUCAUUGGCAGUACUUGGCUUCAGGCUCGUCAACCUUUCUGCAGCCAUGAACGCUCAACAAAUAACGGACGCCGACGCAAUCUGCCGGAUAGCUGUCGACAUUGACAGUGACCUCAACGUCUGGGCGUCAAGAUCAUCGCAGUCUGAUCGGAAGUUUCACAAGGCUGAAGCAGAUGCACCUGAGAGAGAAACUAGUUUCAGCGGGCGACGCCAUGUGUAUAACAGUGUCUGGGGAGCCCAAGUCUGGAACAAUUGGCGGUCGUUGAGCAUAGUGACAAAUCGCAUUGUACUUGACCAUGUCGACAAGCAGAGCUUUGAUGACGACGCACUGAAAGAGAGAAUGCGAUUUGAGAGUAUCUCGAUUAUUCAGCGUCUUUCGAUGGAUAUAUGCAUAUCGACACCUAGUCUAUCUGGGUCCCCGCGAGCAUCUUCAAUGAUCUGGCCGCUGCACAUCGUCUCUCAAGAAGAAGUCAAUUUGCCGAGUGCGCGAUCUUGGGCAGUGGAGCAGCUAGUAGGCAUCAGGAAGUCUAUGGGCAUCAAACAAGCUGCUGUUCUGGCAAAUACCAUGGGCUGAAAAUGUUAGUUCUAAGGGUAUCUGUUCUCGAAUAUUGAUAGACAGGGCCUAGUUGAGUACCUUUUCAUCGAUCAACCUCGCUUUCGAUAUAUCAGUCUUGUGCAAUGGUCAGUUUAUUCAGAGUUACAACACAACACACAAUGUAGAGUCGCUAGGUCAAACAACUGUGAGAAACCACCACAUGAUGCAUCGUCCUGAGUUGUCUCUGAGUUACGUAAACGAUGUCUCCCUUCUUCAACUACGAUGACCGAAAUAGUGCGGUUUACAAGGAUAAGGUUCGAGGGCGCAUAAGCUUUAGCUACGAAACAGCCUAUAACCGUUUGGCUAUGUUGUCAACGCG